AAGAACGUCUGCGCAGGAGGCUAUAAAAGACACCAUUUGUCGCAAUUUAUCCUGCUUCGCUAACUAUCAACAUGACAAAAUACGACAAGCAAGGUGUUCCUAAUCUAAGUUUUCAUAAUCCGAUGGGAAUAACCCUUUACCCAGAAGGUUUAUACUCGUACGCGAUGGGAAACACACCAGCCCGAGAUAUCACGGAGCUGUUGGGCACAUCGAAAGAACAACAUGUAGACGUGUUACUUUUAGCAUGCGGUGAUGUUAGGAGUUUCCUUUACAGUUUGUCUGAGCUAUCUCUAAGAAAACCACACGAGCGUCCGAAGAGUUUAAGUUUCCAUUUGAAUGACUAUGAUCCGUCAGUGAUAGCUCGCAAUGCUGUGCUCCUAGAAGUCGCUAGUGUGAUAAAUUCCGAUGUCCCUGCUGAUGUAGACUUCUUGUGGAAUAUUUGGUAUAACCUAGCACUCUCAGUGGCCGACUUUGAUCGACUGCGAAAAGUACUCAGUGAACUGUUGGAGAAGAAUUUUGACAGCGACGAAAAUAUCUUAAAGUUUCAGGAAGGCGACGUUCUCCGCGAAUGUCCAGAUAUAUGGAAAGACUGGAGAGAUCUCGAUCUCGAGGUGAAAAGUGUUAAAGAGGAAAGAAACAACCUGAUAGAGGACGCUAAAAGAAGUAAAGGGUUUUGUGAGGAUUCUCAGUGCCUUUCUCUACUAACUCAUAUGGUGAUGGAGAUCUAUGAAGAGGAACUAGACAAUUUUGUGAAACCUGCUGCGACAAAUCCACUCUACACGGAAAUACAACACUGGUUUAGAGAAGGCUCCACGAAUGAUGAGUCGGAGAAAACAAAUCCAACAUUGAUUCGUCCAUUCGUUCACAAGUGGAGGCAGCAUUAUAGUUCCCGUGCGUUUGUGGGUUAUCCACCACUCGAAAGGAAAGACCUCGAGCAAGGUAGAUCAUGUACUGAUGUUUGCAAGGAAAAGCUGGCCGUCUGGAUAAAAAGAUUUCAGGAGCAAUAUAAGAAUCACCAAACAAAUCUGAAGAUUACACUGUGGACAGGCGAUGGACUUACUUUGUGUACAAGUGGUUUUCCGCCAGAAGUGUUGUUCGACGUAAUCGAUACAAGUAAUCUCAGCGAUCACAUUGGUUUGUUGAACGUUCUCGUCUGCUGUUCCCCGAGGUUAAAAGUGCCAAAUGCUUCUCUGUUGUUCACAUCAAGCAUGUUAUGGAGCGGUGAAUGUGACAGUAUAAAGGAGUACUAUGACAGAUGUGUUGGUGUUGCGUUGCAACUUCUCCCAACAGUUCUCGGCUUGAAGCUGGCUGAUGAUUUCGAAUUGGGAAGCAAAAAACUUCCAGACAGAUUGGGCUCUACAGAAGAGACUCUUUGCUGGGUUAAGGCAGACCCUAAAAGGACUUUAUUGACGUUGGAUAAAGGCACUGACGUUGUCCAAGCACUACUGCGUCUCACAGAGCGUUGCUUCAAUCUAUCGAAGGAGGUCAUUCAUUCCUUUGGCGUCACUUCGCCUUCGCCUCUGACCUUGCUUCGAAUUAUACAUCAGGCACAACCACUCUUCAAGGGAGAAGCCACCGAAAUAUUUGACGUUCUUGAAAAUGAGUUACCAGCUGAUUUUGAGAGGAGGUACGGACUAUCCUGGAAUCUGUUAAAGGCAUCUUUAGGGAAAAAACCAGAGCCCAUCGUUGAAAUAAAAGUUAGCAUCAAGUUUGCCGUCGUGCCUUGGUUUAAGGGAACACCAAAGCCAAUGAUUUGCAUCAGGAGGGAACGCAGCAGUCCCGAGGAGGCUCCCUUGCAGUGGUCGCUUGCUAUGGGCCUAGCCACACCGCCUGAUCCUUCAGUAAUUUACAACAGCUUAAGAUAUGAUGACAACACUGAUGUGGUAACUUUCCAUCUACGCGAAGAAGACUGGAAUGAGCAUGAAAUUUCCUCCACGAUGUGGAUAUCAUCCAUAGAAUUAAUACCUGCCGUCAUCAAUUGUGAACCAGUGAGGCUAGGAGAAGAGACUGUGCAGAGUGUUGAACGGAUUGAUCCUGUCGAAAAAUUUGGUCUGUUUGCAAGACAGACUUUCACCGUGGUUGAGUCCAACGAGAAAUGCCAACUACUAAAGGUAAUGAAAGUGGCGGAGAGCAUACACUCUUAUUCUGCAGAGCUUGAGGUACUAGACUCCACCAUGUGCAAAGCGAAGGCAAUGAAGAUCAGCCAGCCAGCUAAGUCUCCUACAGGAGUCCAAAUAGACUUUGAGGGGGCCAGAGGCGACCCACUCAGCAUGCAUUUUUCAUGCUUUGUCAAUAUUGACUCAUCCAAGUUCCAAAUCUCACGCAAAGUCGGGAAAAUAUUCUGCAACAUUUCCAAACGAAACGAUGGAACAGUGGGAGAACUUGUAAUACAAAACUUAGCUCCACUGCCUUUUCAUGCAAUGCCAGAGUGGGAUAGUAGACUUACCGAUAUAAGAAUGCUCUGCAGAAUGUUUCGCACUAAACUUGAUCUGGAACUGAAAUCACGAAAAGAAAGUGGUCCGCCAUUUUUUAACCUCAGGGAAUCCAUUACAAACAUUAUUCAUCAACAUGUGAAGGAGCCUGAGAUUCCCAAGGUACAUUAUGUUGACGAACGAGGAAUCAUAGAAGAACCAUAUGACUCAGUGGAAGACAUGCUGAAGAAGAAGGGCUUCGUUAUCAAAGUGGAAAAACUGUUCAAGUGGAAGAAUUUGCCUGUGGCUAAGGUCAUUUUCUGCGAUUGUCAGCGGUUUGCGGAAUUGAUUCGCAAGAAUCCGGGAAAUACUCUACUAGUGGAAGAAUACCACCACCGAAUUUUUCUUCAUAAAGUCAACAGAUUUGUAGCUGACCGAGAGGAGAAGGUCUUAUUCCGUAAAAUGAUAUACACAAAUGCAGUCCGAGUUCCUCAAGAUGAUGGCUAUGUUGUGUGGAAGAACUCUUACAUUAUCCCGUUGUUUCCACGAGAAAGCACCAAAAGUCUCGCUCCAGCCCUUGGGAAAAGAAAACAUGGUAUGAAAAGUCCUCUAUUCAGCGCUCUUACUUCUGCAAAACCUGGCCAUAUGGAUGCAUCCUCUUUGUCACGAGGUAGAUCUGCC